AUGAUCGGCAUUCAUGUCGAUGACCUCAUCGGUGCUGGACUUGAAUCCGAUGAAGUCUACCAGAAGGCCAAACAGGACUACGUCCAAAAGAUCAAACCUUUGACCUUGAGCGAUUUCUCAGAUGAGAAUCGUAAAUUGACUGGCAAAGAAGUGUCAAUGCUCCGUGGACUUUUGGGAGCGCUUCAAUGGCCAGCUACACAGACAUCACCGCACCUCAGUGCAAGUGUGAGCCUUUUGUGUGGCGAAGUUAGCGCUGCAACAGUUUCCACAGCUACCCAAGCCAACAAGCUGUUGAGAUUUGCCAAAGCCAACAACGACGUUGGACUCCAAUUUGCUGACCUUGGCCAACUACAUGAGCUAUGCAUGAUAGCCCUGAGUGAUGCAGCCUGGGGUGUUCGAAAGAACCAUGAGUCCCAAGGCGGCUAUUUCGUUUUGCUGAUGAAUGUGAAAGCUUUGCAAGGUCAUUUGGACCAACCCUAUGUUGUUUUGGAUUGGCGAAGCUACAAGCUCCCCAGAAUCAGUCGCAGUAGCCUCAACUCCGAAGCACAAGCAUGCGCUGGUGCAAUGGAUGCUCUUGAGUAUCUCCUGAUCUUCUGGCAUGGAUGCUCUGCCUUGGUGGUCGAUGCGAAGGCGCUUUAUGAUAGCCUGAAAGCAGAAGUUCCACAGAUGCAAGGCGACCGAAGAUCCAAGAUUGAGGUCAUGGUUGUGAAACAGAAAAUGGAUGAGGUGAAAACGAAACUGAAAUGGAUUUCAUCAGAGACCCAACUGGCAGAUGGCGUUACCAAAAUUGCAGCACGGCAAUUGCUUGCAGACCGCCUGCGGUCCCAUGUCUUCUCCCUGCACUCUCCAAGCAGCGAAGAAGAAGACCCUAGCUGA